AUGAGGAGCAGGGACUUUAUCGACAAGAUAGAUCCACUGACUCAGAAGAAGUUCAAGGAGUUCUCCAGAACUCGCAACACACCUGAUCCAAUGAUUAUUGUCGCCUGGAACUGCAGGGGUAUGGCUCGUCGAGGAUUCAGAACCAACCUCUACCACCUGUAUACAGAGCACCGUCCAGAUAUCAUCAUUCUGACUGAAACCAAAACCAGCCAAGCCCACACCAAACAUAUCCUCAAAACCAUCCUCAGCUAUCAAUCUAACCCCUUCGAGAACUAUGUUAUGGCGGAACCGUAUGGGCUAUCUGGAGGGAUCGUAGUUAUGUGGGACCCCCGAAUCAACUUCAAAUUGAUUGGGUCGGACCAACAUGCUAUUCAUGGCAUUGUAGAGGUAAACACUAAACCUGAGUAUCAAUUCUUUUUGUCUGCUAUAUAUGCUAGUACUAAAUACAAGAGUAGAGUGGAAACUUGGCAUGAUUUAAUAGAAUUAGCUGCACAUAUGAGUAUACCAUGGGUAGUAAUGGGGGAUUUUAACGAGGUCACGUCUCAAUCGGAAAAAUUAGGAGGUCGUCUAGUUAAAAUGAAAAGGGUAGAUAAAUAUAUUGAUACUAUGGAUAGAUGUGGUCUUAUUGAUGCUGGUUGUGUUGGAAGUAGAUUUACUUUGUAUAACAAAAGGAAAGAAAAACCUAUCUACCAAAGAUUGGAUAGAGCUUGGACCAAUAUGCAUUGGCUUGACCGCUUCCCUUCUACUACUGUUACCACCUUGCCAAGAGACUCUUCGGACCAUAACCCAAUUAAACUAAUUGCUAAUCCUGAAAGAGUUGUUGCCAAACCAACAGAAAAAGAUUUUAAAAUGGAACCACUGUGGUAUUCUCAACCAGGUUUUGCAAAAAUGGUAGAUGAUAACUGGAGCAAUCUAAAUGCUGAAAUAGAUGGCAUCCAAAAAGCAUUGGAAACUAGACCCUUCAACAGACACUUUCUUGACCUGAAUGAUGAGCUCUCAAAAGAUUUAAAUCUAAUUCUUGAACAGGAAGAAAAAUUUUGGAUGACUAGAGCUAGAACUAAUUGGUUAGCCUGUGGGGAUCAAAACACUAGUUUCUUCCAUAAGUCAGUUACUGUUAGGAGGAGAAGAAACAGAAUCACCACCCUUAAUACUGAAGUGGGACAACAAGUGGAAGGAGAUGAGUUAACUGGUCAUAUUGUCAACUAUUUUAAUACUCUCUUCACUUCUGAACCAACUGUGCCUGUGUGUGCCAAUCACCAUUACUUGUGUAGCAUUAAAAUAGACCAGCCCAUAACUGUAGAAAAAGUAGGUAAAGCAGUUUUUGAGUUAGGACCUCUGAAAGCCCCAGGAAGAGAUGGGAAAGUUAAUGAAACUGUUAUUUGCAUCAUCCCUAAAACUGAGCACCCUGAAACCAUUAAACAGUUUAGACCCAUUAGCCUUUGUAAUGCAAAUUAUAAGAUUGUGUCUAAAGUGUUGGUAAACAGAAUCAGGCCUCACCUAAGGAACAUGAUAUCCCCUAACCAAAACAGUUUCCUCCUUGGGAGGGGAUGUGAUGUCAACUACAUAGCUGCCACUGAAGUUUUACACUCUAUGAAAAACAGGAAGGGGAAAAAGGGGUGGUUUGCUUUGAAAAUAGAUUUAGAAAAGGCCUAUGACAGAUUGGAUUGGAACUUCAUUAGAUUUUGCCUAGCUAGAAAAGGGUUUGAUAAGAGUUCUUGUGACCUUAUUAUGGAGUGUAUAGCCUCCCCCCAAACUUCUGUCCUAGUGAAUGGGAAAUCAUCCAAUAGCUUCAAAACUUCUAGGGGAAUUAGGCAAGGGGAUCCUAUAUCCCCUUAUAUCUUCAUCAUAUGCAUGGAAUACCUCACAGACCUCAUCUAUGAGGCAUCAGAUCAAGGGGAGUGGAAACCCUUCUUUCUCAAAAGAGGAGGAAUCCCAAUCACACACCUUAUGUUUGCAGAUGACCUAAUCCUUUUUGGGGAUACAUCUAGGGAAACCUUACAUAGCAUGCAAAGGGUUUUGGACCAAUUUUGGGAAUGCUCAGGGCAGAAUAUGAACAAUUCAAAAAGCAAACUAUACUUUUCCCAACACACCCCUGGUGAUCAAAAGGAUCUUUUCACUCUAGCAUUACAAGUAGAGCAAAGCCCAGAUCUUGGAACUUACUUAGGUUUUCCCCUCACUGAUAAGAGGCCAACCCAAACCCAACUAGCCCACAUUUGUAGAAAUAUAAAAGGAAAACUGAACUUUUGGAAAACCAAAUCCUUGUCAAAAGCUGGUAGGUUAGUGCUGAUUAGAUCAUCCCUAUCUGCCAUUGCUAGCUACUCCAUGCAGGUGCUGUCCCUCCCCAAGAAAACUCUCCAUGAGAUUGACCAAACCUGUGCAAGAUUUCUGUGGGGUAAUGAGUCAGAAAAUAGGAAAGUCCACCUUGUUGCUUGGGACAAAGUGUGUAGUGCAAAAGAAGUAGGUGGUUUAGAAAUCAGAUCUGCUUUAAUCAUGAACCAAGUAGCCAUGACUAAACUCUGUUGGAAAAUGAAUAGUGCUGAUAAUUUAGCCAUCAACUUAGUUAGAGAAAAAUAUGUGUCCAAUAGAGCUUUUCCUGCCUCCUUUAAGACUGGGUCCCAUAUAUGGCAAAAUGUGGGUAAAGGGUGGAACCUGUACAACCAACUAACUGGGUGGUGUAUAGGAAAUGGGGAACAGAUUAAUCUGUGGAAUGAUAACUGGACUAGGAAAGGAUCUCUGAGGUCAAUCAUUGCUGGACCCCUUAAUAGAGGUGAGGAGGACCAAACUCUUGACUCAAUUAUCCAAAAUGGCCAGUGGAAAUUGAAUGAACUAGCUGCUCUAUUGCCCACUGACUUAGCUAACUGGAUUCAGGCUAUACCUUUAACUAGCUUUGGUUGUGACACCCCUUUUUGCACUCCCAAGGCCUUCAUUUUCAUAUUUGGAAAAACCAAUUUCCCAUAUCAGUUCAAAGAAAAAAAUGGAAUACAAUAUGGAAAGCUAGAUGUCCCCCAAAAAUCAAAAUGUUUAUUUGGCUCUGCAUAUGGGAUAGGCUGCCCACUGCAUACCAUUUAG